AUGGUGAAUCCAGAUAUUAUUCGUAGUGUUCUUGGAAUAAUUGGGAAUGUCACUUCUUUCUUCCUCUUCCUUUCCCCGGCGCCUACAAUAUGGAGAAUAUGGAAGAAUAAAUCAGUGGAGGAAUUCCAAUUUCACACAAUUGUGGCGGGAAUAAUCAACUGUAUUAUGUGGGUUUUUUACUCAAUGCCAUUUGUACAUCCACAUAGCAUUCUUGAUACAACCAUCAAUAGUGUUGGGCUGGUUACGUACAUACGCUACAACUUGAUAUACUUGAGGUACUCUGACAACAAGAAAAGGAAAGCAAUGGUGCUGUAUUAUCUCGUCGAGGUGUUGUUUUUGGCUGCCUUAAUAUGCAUCGCAAUCCUAGUAUUCCACAGUCAUACUUCGCUGUCUAACUUUGUUGGGAUCUUUUGUGAUGUCUUUGGGAUCAUUCUCUAUGGUUCACCUCUUACUGUUAUGUUUGCCACUGAUCUUCCAUUUUGGACUUGA